CAGACUUUUCGGGUAAUGACGACCACAGGCGAUUCCCACAACUCGCGCUGCCGGGAACGGCGGCAGUACCAGUGGGGCAGGAGGUAUCAAUGGGGCUAUUACAGACCGGCAGCUCUGUGUCAGUGGUUUAUCAGGAUCACCGAGCUAGGUUGUCUCAGUGCUACCGAGGCUCUAGGAGACGUUUGUAUCCUUGUAGCCCGUGGUAGAAAACUCCUGGGCGCGUGCCCUGUGGCUCCGCCCCCCGCCUGGGGGCCGUCCUCCCCGCCCCUCCCUCCUCCCUCCUCCCUUCCUGACUCAGCGCCGGCCACCCCGAGAUCACGCGAGCGUGACUUCCCCGAAAAACUGCUAGGAUUGAAAGGUCGGGGGCGGGACACGGCAGCGGCGGCGUCUGCGGCUCAAAGUUCCAGGCGCCGCACGGAGGAGACUCCGUGCGUGAAAGGGGCAGGAUUCCGCCUUCCUCAACUGCAGCCCACGGAGAAGGGGCGUGGCCGAGAAGGCCCCGCCUCCAGAAGCCAGCCAAUGGGUGCUCUCCCAGCCCAGGGAGCGAUAAUACGAAUGCGGAAGUUUCUGCUAGAUCCAGAGGCAACUAAAGUCUCAGAUCCGCGAGUGCGGCGGCGCUGAUCCGGGGUCCGGGACAAGCUCAGCCUUCCGGGACCCCACAUGCCCGGUGCAGGAGAGAGGAGGGCCAUCCUGGGCCCUACGUUCCUCACCAUUAGGCCCCUCCAGGGAUCGGUGACAUUCCAGGAUGUGGCUGUGGACUUCACCUGGGAGGAGUGGGGCCUCCUGGACCCCUCCCAGAAAGAGCUUUACUGGGACGUGAUGCUGGAGAACUACAGGAACCUGGUCUGCCUGGGUCUUGUGGAGUCCAAUGGGGACAUGAUCUCUCAGCUGGAGUCAGGGAGAGCACAUGGGAUCCGAAUGGAUAGUGUCUCAAGAGCUUGCUGGUUAGAUGGGGGCACUAGGCCUCAGACUAAGGAGUCAACUCCAAAGUUAAGUGUUUCUAUGAAAAACUUAUCCCCAAUUAGAUCCUUAUGGGAUGACCCUUGCACCUCUGAAGUGGGAAAAGCCUGGGAGUAUUAUGGCAAGUUCAAGAAAGAGCAAAACAACGAGGGGAAACAUUCUAGCCGAGGAAAAGAAAUCCAAACAGAAGCUGCUGUUGAAGUCAGAACCUCUGAAUACAGCCAAACCUCCAGCCCAAAGCCAGUCCUCUUUCCACAACAGGGACUCUCUGUAGUAAUGGAUCUCCAUAACAGUGAGAAUCAGAGAAGGAGCUUCACCCUGGAGUCGGACCAAAAAAAGUGCACUCCAUUCUCUACAGAGAAGAACUAUUCUAAGAGGAAGAAAUGUCCGAAAGCUUUCCAUUCUGGUUUGGACCACACUAAAACAUCUGGAAUUCCUGCUGAAGAGCAAUUUCAUGAAAAUGGGAAUUCUUUUCUCCUGAACAAUGAAGUUACUCUAAGGCAGGGAACUGAUAUGGGAAAAACGUGCUCUGAAUUGACUCCAUGUGAGAAGCCAUCCUGUGAUAAGGCAGAUCUGACUCAACAUUCCAAUAUUCAGAGUCAAAACAAAUCAUAUAAGUGCAAUGACUGUGGAAAGGUCUUCCAGCGCAAUGUAAAUCUUACACAGCACUACAGAAUUCACACUGGAAAGAAACCAUAUGAUUGCACUGAAUGUGGGAAGAUCUUCUGCCUGAAAUCAGAACUUAGACAGCACUGCAACAUUCAUACUGGAGGGAAGCCUUUCAAAUGCAAUGACUGUGGGAAAGCCUUUCUUUGUCACACAACGCUGACCAUACAUCAGAGAACUCACACUGGGGAGAGACCUUAUGAGUGUAGUGAGUGUGGGAAGACAUUCCAAUCAAACUCCAGUCUGAUUCGGCACCAGAGAACUCAUACGGGUCUAAAACCUCAUCAGUGCUGCGUGUGUGGGAAGGUGUUCUCUCAGAAGUCUGCUCUUACCAGUCACAACAGUAUUCAUACUGGAGAAAAGCCUUUUAAAUGUAAAGACUGUGGGAAAGCCUUUCCUUGGGGCAAAUCACUGACCUUACAUCUGAGAACUCACACUGGAGAGAGACCCUAUGAGUGUAGUGAAUGUGGGAAGACAUUCCAAUCAAACUCCAGCCUGACUCAGCACCAGGUAACUCAUACGGGACUGAAACCUCAUCAGUGCACUAUAUGCGGGAAGGCAUUCUCUAAGAAGUCUACUCUUACCAUUCACACCAGCAUUCAUACUGGAGAAAAGCGUUUUAAAUGCAGUGACUGUGGGAAAGCCUUUCCUUGCCGCACAACGCUGACCAUACAUCAGAGAAUUCACACUGGAGAGAGACCCUAUGAGUGUAAUGAAUGUGGGAAGAAAUUCCAAUCAAAUUCGAACCUGAAUCAGCACCGGAUAACUCAUACGGGACUAAAACCUCAUCAGUGCAGUGUAUGCGGGAAGGUGUUCACUCAUAAGUCUGCUCUUACCAGUCACACCAGUAUUCACACUGGAGAGAAACCUUUUAAAUGCAAUGACUGUGGGAAGAUCUUCCGUCAGAAGUCAUAUCUUACACAACACUUCAAAAUUCAUACUGGAGGGAAGCCUUUCAAAUGCAGUGAUUGUGGGAAAGCCUUUGCCAGGCGCACAGCAUUGAAUCAGCAUCAGAGAACUCACACUGGGGAGAGACCCUAUGAGUGUAGUGAGUGUGGGAAGACAUUCCAAACGAGGUCACACCUGGCGCGGCACCAGAGCACUCAUAUGGGACUGAAACCUCAUUAGUGCAGCAUGUGUGGGACGGCCUUCUCUCAUAAAUCUCUUACUCAUCAUGGUAAUGUUCACAUUGAAGAGAAACCAAAUGAAUGCUCUGAAUGUUGGAACAUCUUCUGCUGGAAGUCAGACCUUACACAACAUUUCAGCAUUCACACUGGAGAGAAACCUUUCAAAUGCAGUGAUGGUGGGAAAGCCUUUUUUUGCAGCACAGACUGCUGUGCUGUCUGAGCACAACUCGAUAUCAGAGAAUUCACACUGGAGAGAAACCUUACAACUACACAGAAUGUUGGAAAGCCUAUACCCAGAAUUCAGGUCUUUCCUUACAUAAGAGAAUACAUGCCAGAGAGAAAUCCUAGAAAUCUACUUAAUGGGGGAAAGCAGCCCCUCUGAUCAAUGCACAUUGUCAAUACUAUAGGAUUCAUGAUGGAGAAAAAUCUCAUUAAUUUAAACAUUGAAGCAAAACAAUGUAGUGUGCUGAUCAAGAUUAAAAUGUAAUUUGAAAAUA